AUGUCGCCCCCCGUGUCGCCGACGAAAAAAGCCAAAAGUUCAUGGCUUCUCUACGGACUUUUGGCCGUGAUCGUCGGAAUUCUUCUUUGCGCCGGCGUCAUUACCUACCUGACUCUGAUCCGACAAAGCGGCGACGGUCCGGACGCGGAUUGGGAUGCCCAGAAUGCAACUGAAUUCCCGUCAACCACCGCGACCACAGUCCGUCAAUCGUCCACUUCCGCCACGACCACGACCACUUCAACCACCUCAAUUUCCACGGAACCCACCACCACGCCCGCUCCGACCGCUUCGGAAGGAUCCACAAUAAUCGGGACCACCUCGACCACCACGAGUUCGCCGGAAAUUGUGAUGCCAGUCGAUGUCGCCUCGAUUUUAAAGGAAAAGACCAAGGAAUUGGAGGUUAGUUGAUGAUCAACCGCUACGCCCUUAAUGUAUACGCCCUGGCCCAAGCCUGAAAGUUUGGCGCGCGUGGCACAGUGGCAGAGCGCUGAAACCUUGCAAACUUUCGGUUUUGGUUCGAUCCCGAGCGGGGUCAAACUUUUUUGCCUCUUGAAAACACGUUCAAAACAUCAUCGGAACCACAAAAUUACUAACCUCGGCUCACCCGAAUAGAAUGACUCAUCGCCCCCUCUAGUUUUACACUCUCUUUCCACAUUUCACUUGUCAAAAUUCGUGUGUGGGGCUCUCCCUGACUCACCGCACACCAACAAACAUAUGUGAAAGAGAGAGAGAGAGAGAGAGAGAGAGAGAGAAAAGAGUAUUUGGGUGAUGAUGGAAGAGCACGGUGAAAAAGUGAGCGCAGCUUUCAAAUUCGGAAUUCCUUCUCUAUAACUAAAAGUGUUAGGGACUUGAGACUCAACAGACUUGUAGCCAAGAUGAUUCUGAAUAUUUUAUCAGUUGAACACUUUUUGUUUCGAUUCCAUCUGGGCCCCCUAUAACAAGUCAAAGUUACUGAUAACCAGGCCAUCGUGGGUGCAUCAAAAAUACAUGCUUGCAGAUCGUCGAGCAAUGCGCCCGAAUCCAAGCACUCCCGGUCACCUGCCACCCGUCUUCCGAUCCCUACUCGUCGUCCCUGUCCCCAGAAGAUCCGUCCAAAUUGCGACCGCUCCAUUACACCCUCAACAUUACCAUCCGAGACAUCCGAAAGCCCGUCCUUGAGGGAUAUCUUCAACUGUUCGCACAGGCCAAACAACAGAUCCAAGCGGUAAGUACACCUUUCAGAAAUUUGUGUACAAAAAUGAAAAAAAAAUGCUUCAGAUCUCACUCCACGCUGUCCGGAUUCACAUUCAAACGCAGAACGUGCACGUCGUCAAUUGUAAUACAGGUUAGUCUAGAAGAGGCAGAGAGAGAGAGAGAGAGAGCUCAUCAAUCUCUGAGUCUGCUGCUCCACGAGCCACUUGACAGAUUAACAUGAUAAUGUGAAAAGUGAGAGCCCUGAGCCGGAGCACUUGUUGCUCACUUUUACACUCGGAAAGAGCUGACAAAAAGAGAGGGCGUUGUUGCGGAGAAGACAACCUUGUCACGGGACUCUAGGCACUGUAACUUGGAGCUCCUUUGCUUCUUUUCAUUAACCAUAGGACCUAAGUAAAGGGUCUAAGCUCCGUCGCUUCGAGACCCAUUAACCAUAGGAUCCAUUCAUUCGCUCAUAACUAACUAACCCUCCGGCAUUUGCCUAGUCCCCGAGCAGCAGCUGUUCUUCUUCUUCUUCUUCUUCCUCUUCUUCUCUCUCCGGUCACCCAAUACUUUUCGUCCGUCUAAAUGUUUACGACGGACUGACGCCCUCCGUCGUGCGGAGAGCCCGUGCAAAAAGAACAGAAAAAAAACACGGGGAGAGGGAGGAAAAGGAACGAUUGAUUGAUCGGACAAAGGGGGGAACUUUGGAAACAUUUAGGCGAUAACUUACAAAGCUUUGACCUGAUCUAUGGCCUAGAAAUCCUCCACAAGCAAAAGUUAGGCCACAAGUGCGUACGAACAAACUUCUAGAAGUUUGCGGGGGUCAGCACGAUUCACGUGUCCCUCUGAUAACCGCCCGAUCAAUCAUCGCGUGUCACUUCGAUCGGCUACUGGUCCCCGGGUUGUUGUUGAUAAAUACUAUCUUAUCACAAGUUCGAAUGUACUAUUGUAGGCUAGAAAAGAAGAGCGGAAAAGGGAUACGGUAGCUCGGAAAGUGUGCAAUUGUUCGGCACGGUGUGUGCACAGUUUGGGAAAGUUGCAAAUCAGUUGUUCAGCGGCGAUUUUUGGAAAGUUUGCGCAAAAGUUGCAAAGGUUUUCCGAGCCGCCUAGAGUAUCAUAGUUUCCUUCGUACCCUGCCUGACCCUUUGGUCAUAUUUCACUCGGGUGUCACCGAAACCGCAACUGCUCUCUGCUCCGCUCGUAAACUUUCUCUCUCUCUCUCUCGGCGACGUCGGCAUUUUGUUCUUAUUACAGGGACACACACACACACAAACUUAUAUUAAUAGCUUUUCGAGCUCGAACAGCUGCCCGCUCGCCCGCUACAAUAUUGUGAUUUUUAGGCGAAACAAUCUGUGUGACGCGCAUCCAGCCGAUCGGAGAUGUCGUCCAUUUGGAGCUCGCGCAAGCCGUCGAGCCGGGCACCAACUUGCGCAUCGACAUCGACGCAUUCGUGUCGGGCGACUCGGGACCGCAUGUUUACAAACAGAUCCCGACGGCCAAAUGGCGAGUGCCGCAGAUGAUCGGCACCGUCUUCGAGCCGGCCUCGGCGCGCCACGUCUUCCCCUCGCUGGACGUGCACGAUCAGAAGGCCACGUUCUCUCUGUGCCUCAACCACGGAGCGUCCAUGUCGGCCGUCUCGAACUCGCUUCUCAACCCGAACGUCUCGUCGGCCAGCAUCUCGUGCUUCGAGCGGACGGUCCCGCUGACCGCCCAACAGAUUUCGUUCCUGGCGUUCGAGAAGACGAGCCCACUGUUCUACAACACGAGCACUUUGGACGGCGCCUACCUGCCCGAGAUCGAGUUGGUCCUCAAUUUGAAUGCGAAAACGUUCAAGCAGUACGAGUGGAUCCAUUCGGAAAUGACCAAAGUGAUGGCGUUGAUGUCCAAAUGGUCCGCCUUCUCGUUCCCGUUGACCCGUUUGGAGGUGGUCGUGGCGCCCGUCAUGUCCGGACAUUCCGCACUGGGAGUCAUCACUCUGCCCGUGAGUUUUUCUACACCGGAAUUUGAAAAAUUUGCUUUUUUCACAAGAAAAUUGCAAAAUGUCCUCAGUUUUUGUGUUCAAAAUCUGAAAAAAAAACAAUUUUGGCAAUGUCUGCAAGUUGUCGUGGCAGUGUUUGCGUACUUUUGCUCUAUCGUGUUUUUUCGCUGAAAACAACUUGUUUUCUGCUCAAAAUAGCUAGUUUUUCGCGUCAAAAAUAAAGUUUUAUCCUUCAAAUUGCAGGCACAAGCGGUGGCCUACCAAAAGCACACGUCGACGCACGAAACCCUGAUCAAAGAAGUCAUUGGGCAGUGGAUGGAAGGCGUGGUGACCACGGAGCACACGUGUUUCGAGGUAAGUACCCUUUUGAAAUCGGACACCUUCCCGCGGGAUUGUUAAAACACAUGUUAUGAUAUCGCGAGGGACGUCGUGUAUAAUCCAUCAUAAAAUCGCCAGUUAGUUGUAAUAACGAGAAUGCGAAUGCGAAUUCGAAUUCGAAUAUUAUUGCACACUGCGGUGACAGACUUUGAGGGAUUUGAGCCCUGAAACUGCUCAAAAACGCUCGAGAAAAUCUACCAGUUUUCGCGCGCACCGCCGCUAGGCCGCCCUCAUGUCUACCCCCUCUUCCUAGCAGACAUCUGCCAGCACGGAUGGCCGAGUGGUCUAAGGCGCCAGACUCAAGCGUACUGCUUGCCUCAAGUUUGAGGUCGACUGGGUGUUCUGGUACUCGUAUGGGUGCGUGGGUUCGAAUCCCACUUCGUGCAGAAUCUUUUGUAGAUUAGGUUGCGUGUGCAUCUCAGGGCGGUAAAUUGAGCUCGUUACGUCAAAAGAAAACGUUUGUAAACAUACAAGUGUGCUAAUCUUCUCUUCUCGACAAAUAGUAAUAAACGCGGCUGUCUCUUUCGCUUUUCGCACCUAUCUCGAGUUUCUCAGAGGGACCCGGAUAGUUAGUUUUCGUUUAGUUUACAAAAAGUGGCUCGAGAGAGCAGAAAUGACCCCUCCGGAACGCCAGACACCAAGUGAGAGAGUACGAAGAAUGAGGAGAAGCAGAGAAAUGAUACAUUGCGCAAGACGGACCAGAGGUCGCCAGACACUUCCUAGAAUACACACUUUAUCGUUUACCAAAAGACCAACUAUUUCUAGGGGACCGUCUUACUGUACAGUUUUCAUUGCAGAAAGCCCUCAUCGCCUACCUCGAAUGGAAGAUCAACGAAGAGCUGAAAAUUGUGAAAAAGACGCGGAAAGCGGAAAUCGGACUGAUCCGCCCGAAAAACCUCAACGAAACGGCGAGCCAACUGCGAGUUAUUCGCCAGCUCAAACCGCAGACCGCCAACCUCUGCUCGCCGCGUUUCGUCGAAGUCUUCUACACGCUCGAUGAGACCUACGGAGCGGAGACGGUCAUUGGAAUGAUCCGAGUGGUUGGAUAUCAUCGGUCUCCGAGUCCGUUUGCUCAUUUCCUUCUUUUCAGAUCUUCGACAAGUUCGCCUUCUCGACCGCCACCAUCGCCGACUGGUCCUCGGCCGCAGAGUCCGCGACGGGCCGUCCGGAAGCCGCCGCGCUCAUCCGCGAAUGGUUCCGCCCGUCUUCCGCGUCCCGCCCGGUCCUCCGCGCCUUUGUUUCCUCGCACGGCGUCGAAUUCUCGCAGCUGACCGAUGAGGUCUGGACGGUUCCGUUGGAAAUCGCGGGAUCUGCCGGAACCCAGUUGGCGGUGAUCAGCGAGAAGAAACAGUCGAUUCCGUUUGUCUCGAGCGACUAUGUCGUCGUGGAUCCUCACCGCAAAUCGCACGCUUUCGUCGUUUAUGAUGUGAGAAGUUUUGAACAAACAACUGUUUUCAAUUUUUGCACCAAUUUUGUAUAAUCAUAGCAAAAUACAGCUAAAAACUCCCGCUUUAGCUCAAAAUGACCGUAAGAAUGAAAAAAUAAUGUUGCAGGCGGACACGUACCUCCGACUGAUCCGAUGCUUCGGCGACUCGAGGUGUCCAUCGAAAGAAGUGGGCGGAAUCUUCGCAGACCUCGGCGCCGCUCUCCUGGCAAACAUCCUUCCGAAACCCGAGAAUCAUGACAUUUCCAAGUGGAAAUCGGUCUUCAAGGUACCCAAAACACUACCGUAACCCGCACCAUCAACCCCCAAUUUCUUUGCAGUUCAUGGCCCAACAGAACCUGGUCGAAGGGACCGCCGCGUGCUGUGUGGAGCAUGCGAUUCGGGAAAUGAGAAAGUGCACGUACUGGGACAUCCAGGACGUGUGCACCAAAAUCGACUUCAACACAGUCCUCGCCGCCGUCGCCUAA